GGUCAAUCAGCAGCAAAUCCAUCAGGGACCACCCGAAUUUGGAGUCCGAAACGCACGCACACCAGAGCAGCAGAGGAAGUGACAGACAGACCGGCUAGCCCGACCCUGGCUGACAUCCAAUCCAUCCAUCUAAAUUAGCCCCGGUUGGGCGACAUGAAAGCACCGCAUGGACCUAGGUUGAUCGUCUCACGUCACACACACACGUCCGUGUCCUCCCUAGCUACCUACCUAUAGCAACGGCAGUCUCUCAACAGAGUAAGGGCAGAUGCUGGCCUCGCUCACACCCCCCAUGUUUCCUCCUCGUGGCGCCCUUUCGCACCAGUCGACCUCAUCUUCAGGCUGGAAGUUCCUCACCGCCCAACACAGGUACGAGCAAAGGUGCGCCGGCCACACCUGAAGCGGGCUGUUGAUGUCGUUUGGCUCCCCAAUCUCCUCUCCGCUGAUUUCAACUCGUCCGGGAAAGUCGACGUAUUCAACAAUGCGCAGCUCGUCUUUGGGCGUCUCAUCGGCACUGCACCCGGGAAAUGUCUCGCAGCCAGCCUCCGGUAUGAAGUCGAACUCAAAUGCAAGGCUGCGGACGUUGAGUGUCUCCACCAGGAGAUCGGCGAAGGUUUGGUCGAAGCCACGGAGGGGCGAGAAGGCGACCAGGUCCACACGGCUGUCUGAAAAGGUCGUUGCGAGGCCGAGGGCAAUGUAGCUGGCCACAGUUGAACCUGAAGGCAUCAUGCGCAAUACAAAGAGAGAGGCCCAAUGCGACGCGUCUGCCGUGUCGUUCCAUACCGAGCGAGAAUCCAGUGACAACGACCCUCUCGGCCAUCGAUGCUUCCACAAUCCGCCUCAGUGACGGAAACACGGCUCGCAAAAGCUCCCCAUAGCCUUCCCGAAUCAUGGGAUCGGCUGCCGCAGAGGUGCUCGAGCCCUCGAUGAUGUCAAAGAAGGACACUUGAUCGUCAAAGGUCAGCAGCCGCCCUUCUGUCAAUGUCACCGUGCCCCGCACGAUAAUCAAAAGCUCUUCGCCGUCGUCCUUUUCCACCACUUGAACAAAGGGCGUUUCUCGCAGACCACCAUCCUCCAACUCGGCUGCGCGCAGACACGAAGCAUGGACAUCAGACAGAGACCCGCAAAAUCCGUCAACUCACGAGUCUCGACGAGGUUGAGGAAGCUGGUGGUGGUCCAUCCGGGAAUGGGCGGGUCAGGCAGCGAGUCCACACCCAUGCAGGGCGCGUUGUAGAGGUUGCUGAGAAUCCUGAACAGGAUAUAGAAGGUCAGACCCUCGCUUUGCACGAUGUCGUCAGGUAUGGGCGAGGGCACGUUGCCGGUCAGGUCUUGAAGGAACAGAUCGGCUGACUCAAUCGUCGCGUCGAGCACUGGUUCGCGGGGGCUGGCGAUGCCAGGAAGGGUGGCCAGCAGCUCAUCGCAGGCUGACGCACGCACAGACAGCACACAGACACAUGUGUGCGCAUUUCCUCCAUCCAUAUCAUCAUAUUCCGGCUCACUCUCGAAAAUGAAGUUUCCGCCACAGAGCAAGGCUGCACAGCAGCAGAGCAGCAACAAGGUGCACACGCACAUCCACGUGAGUCUCAUGAUGCGUAGGCUGAUCUGUCUGUCCAUAUGCCCACGUACCAGUCAGGAGGCACAGCCUUGACUCGCACACCUUGGCCGGCUGCCCCAGCAUCCCAGUGGCCUGCUCAGUGUAGCACUCGCACUGCGCCCGUAUCACGUCGACAAAUGGGUUCUUGAUGACGUCCUCAAUCACUGCCUCAACUGCACCACUGCCCUCCGAAGUGUCCGCACCUGUCACAGCGAAACCACCAAGAAGACCCACCGCUCCCGCAUUGACGAGGUCCUUGGCGCAUUCUAUCGCCCCAACUGGUCCAAGCGGGGCAAGACAGGAGACCAAGCCGACUCCCUUGGCAUCGCAGUCAAGGGCAGGGGUGGGGAAUGGGGCAGGCAGGGAGAGAAGAAGGGAUUCAGUCUGCGGUAACGGUUGUGGUGAGACGAGGGGGAGCAAGAGGGACACCAGCAGGAUCGUGAGAGGGACACCAGUUUGGAAAUGCCAUUGCAUCAUCCCUCCCGAUCUCAUUGUGAACGUGGGAGAGGGCGCAUUGAGGUACCA